AUGGCCGAGGAGAAGCCCAAUUGCAAGGUCGUUCUUGCCAACAACAUUGCGAAGAAGCUAUUGGAGGAGGUCCAUGAUGGCUUGAAGAAAAUCGAUCGCAAGCCACUGCUCGUGGGCUUCCUCUCGUCUCAGGAUCCCGCCGCAAGGGUUUACGCGGAUUGGACGGGCAAGACUGCUAACGAAAAUGGCUUCGCAUUCGAGCUUCGCGAGAUUGAUCGCGAACUCCUUGAAGACGCCCUUAUCGACGCGAACAACGACGACAAAGUCGAUGGCAUCAUCGUCUACUACCCCAUCUUCGGCAACCGCCAGGACCAGUACCUGCAGCAAAUCGUCUCCAUCGAUAAAGAUGUUGAAGGCCUCUCGCAUCAAUACAUCUUCAACAUGUACCAGAACAUCCGCUUUCUUGACGAUGCGAACACGAAGAAGAGCAUCCUGCCGUGCACCCCGCUCGCUGUGAUCAAGAUCCUCGAGUACCUCCGGAUAUACAAUACUAUACUGCCCUAUGGCAACAGACUACAUGGGCGCACAAUCACGGUCAUCAACAGAAGCGAGGUUGUCGGGCGGCCGCUCGCUGCGCUACUGGCAAACGAUGGAGCCUGCGUAUACAGCGUGGAUAUCAACGACGUGCAGAUGUUCACGCGAGGCGAAGGGCUACGCAAACGUAGGCAUGAGGUCGAAGAGAAGCCUGGAUGGACCAUCAAGGACUGCUUGCCUGUGAGCGACGUCGUCAUCAGCGGCGUGCCAGGCGAUACGUACAAGGUCCCGCUAGAAAAUAUGCGUGACGGCGCCGUCUGCAUUAACUUCUCGAGUGAGAGGAACUUCACACCGGAAGUCAAGCAAAAGGCAUCCAUCUACGUGCCUGCGAUCGGCAAGGUCACUAUUGUGGUUCUGCUACGGAACUUGUUACGCAUGGUGCAGAACAAGAUCAACGCAGCAGAGGAUGCCGCAAAAAACGCUGCAGACGAGAAGGCUUCGUAG